UUAAAACUGGCUAAGACCAAAAUUGACUCCAACAGCUACAAAAUCUAGACCAUCAAUGGCGGUAACAACUGGGUGCCGUUUCACUCCCGCCCUUCCUCGUCUCUCCUCUCCUGUACAGAACCCUCAAAAAUCCGUUCAUUGCCUUCUGUGUCCCAGCUCCUUCAAACCCAUUUCACCGUCCAAGCCAAACCCUUCUUUUGCACUAUACAGGUCCAGGACUUCUCGGACAACAGUGGUGGCACCGAAGCGAGCGUACCGGAUAUUGGCGGAUUCUGGAUUGGUUGAAGAUAGUUCUGAGAAACAACCGGAGUCGGAACCGGAAGUCUCGGGCACGGGUGCACAUAUUGACAUAAAACUUCCAAGAAGAAGCUUGCUUGUACAAUUUACUUGUGAUUUGUGUGGUGAAAGAACAAAGAGGCUUGUUAAUCGAUUGGCCUAUGAGCGGGGCCUUAUUUAUGUACAGUGUGCAGGGUGUCUUCGUUAUCACAAAUUAGUUGACAACAUCGGCCUCAUAGUUGAGUAUGACUUACAGGAGAAAAUCAAUAUGGACUCAGAUACCGAUCAACUUUGAUAUGUGGCAUUCAGCUCAUUAAGCUCGAUUAAGUUCUCUGUUCAACAGUUCCAUGUCUGUGUUACAAAUCAAAGCAUGUUUUCAUUAAAAAUUAACCGUUUAAAAUUUGGAACUACAAAAACCUUGCAAUU